UCAUCCCAACUCAAAACAAGCAAAGAUCAUACUCUUGUCUUUCCCCAAAUCUAAGAAUCUUUGUUCAUUAUUUUUCGAACCACAAACAGAUAGAUUUAUAUUGUUCAUCAAUGGAAGGUCCCUGUUGUUUCCUCAAAACAUCAGUCUGUGUAUUAAUGUUUUUGUUGCUUGGUCUUGCCAAUACCUUUGUGCAUGGCCAAGGAACGCGUGUGGGGUUCUAUUCAAGAACGUGCCCUAGAGCUGAAGUCAUUGUUAGGUCAACAGUUGAGUCUCAUUUCCGAUCCAAUCCAGCCAUAGCUCCCGGCAUUCUGAGAAUGCAUUUCCACGACUGCUUCGUCCAAGGCUGCGACGGCUCCGUCCUCAUCGACGGCCCAAACACCGAGAAGAGCACCGUCCCGAACAGCGGCAUUCCGGGCUACGCCGCCAUCGACGCAGCUAAAACACAGCUCGAGUCCGCCUGCCCUGGUGUCGUUUCCUGCGCUGAUAUUCUAGCUCUUGCUGCUCGUGAUGCUGUUGUUUUGACCAAAGGAUUUAGUUGGCAAGUUCCUACAGGAAGAAGAGAUGGAAGAGUUUCAUUGGCAGCUGAUGUUUCCAGUUUGCCUACUCCUACUGAAUCCAUUGAGGCGCAAGAACAGAAGUUUUCAAUAAAGGGUCUCAACACUCAAGACCUCGUCACCCUAGUUGGUGCACACACUAUUGGUACCACUGCAUGCCGGUUCUUCAGUAACAGACUCUACAACUUCAGUACUACUACUGCAAGCGGCGCAGAUCCGACCAUCAACCCUUCUUUCGUUCCGACACUUCGAGCCCUCUGCCCCCAGAACGGGGACGGGGCGAGGCUGGUCGAUCUUGACACCGGAAGUGCAGGCCGCUUUGACACCACUUUCUUUACAAACUUGAGAAAUGGCCGAGGAGUCCUCCAGUCUGAUCAGUUGUUGUGGACUGAUCCCUCCACAAGAACGAUCGCCGAACGCUUCUUGCGAGUGAGAGGAGCGCAGAGCCUAAACUUCAACGUGGAGUUUGCCAAGUCCAUGGUGAAGAUGAGCAAUAUUGGAGUCAAAAGUGGAACUCAGGGUGAAAUUCGCAGGGUCUGCACUGCAUUUAAUUAACUGAUCACAUGAAUGAUCAAAACUUGAGUCCCAUUUUUUCAUAGUUCAUGUCCAUAUCAAUGUUGUUUGUCAUUUGUUAAUUUUUUUUGCUUUGAAUUUGUUUAUUACUGUUAAUUACUACUUACAUGUAAGCUAAUUUUAAUUUAUAUUUAGCUAAGCUAAUAUUGUUUGGAAA